AUGGCGGCGGCGGCGGCGGCGGCGGGUCGGCUAGGCUGGUUGCUCGCCGCGCUCUGCCUGGGCAACGCCGCCGGGGAGGCGGCGUCGGGCCCGCGAGUGCUGGGUGUCUGUCUGGAGGAGGACGGAGCGGCGGGCGCGGGGUGGGCGCGCGGAGGGGAGAUGCGGACCGCUCCGGAGGCCACCUUCCGCCUGCGCCUCUUCGGCUCGGGCUUCGCCAACAGCUCCUGUUCCUGGGAAGCGCUGGCGGUGCUGCUGUACCGCGCGGCCGGCCAGCGCGCCGUGCCUGCCGUGCUCGGUAGCGCGGGGCUCGUGUUCCUGGUGGGCGAGGUGGUGCCGGCUGCCGUGAGCGGGCGCUGGACGUUGGCGCUGGCGCCGCGCGCACUGAUCCUCAGCCGCCUGGCAGUGCUGCUCACCUUGCCCGUGGCGCUACCCGUGGGCCAGCUGCUGGAGCUGGCGGCGCGGCCAGGGCGGCUGCGUGAGCGCGUGCUGGAACUGGCGCGCGGCGGCAGCGACCCCUAUAGCGAUCUCAGCAAGGGCGUGCUGCCCUGCCGGACCGUGGAGGACGUGCUCACGCCCCUCGAGGACUGCUUCAUGCUGGACGCCAGCACCGUGCUGGACUUCGGCGUCCUGGCCAGCAUCAUGCAGAGCGGCCACACGCGCAUCCCCGUGUACGAGGACGAGCGUUCCAACAUUGUGGACAUGCUCUACCUCAAGGACUUGGCCUUCGUGGACCCCGAAGACUGCACGCCUCUCAGCACAAUCACCCGCUUCUACAGCCACCCACUCCACUUCGUCUUCAACGACACCAAGCUGGACGCCGUCCUGGAGGAGUUCAAACGAGGGAAGUCCCACCUGGCCAUCGUGCAGAAGGUGAACAACGAGGGCGAAGGUGACCCCUUCUACGAGGUGCUGGGCCUGGUCACCCUGGAGGACGUCAUCGAGGAGAUCAUCAAGUCCGAGAUCCUGGACGAGUCUGAAGACUACCGGGACGCCGUGGUGAAGAAGCAGCCUGUGUCCCUGAGCGCCCCUCUCAGGCAGAAGGAGGAAUUCUCCCUGUUCAAGGUGUCUGACGACGACUAUAAAGUGAAAAUCUCGCCUCAGCUGCUCUUGGCCACCCAGCGCUUCCUUUCCCGAGAGGUGGAUGUAUUCAGCCCGCUGCGAAUCUCCGAGAAGGUCCUGCUGCACCUGCUGAAGCAUCCCAGCGUCAACCAGGAAGUGAGGUUUGACGAGAGCGACCGCCUGGCCGCCCACCACUACCUGUACCAGCGCAGCCAGCCGGUGGACUAUUUCAUCCUCAUCCUGCAGGGCAGGGUUGAGGUGGAGAUCGGGAAAGAGGGCUUGAAGUUCGAGAAUGGGGCCUUCACCUACUAUGGAGUGUCCGCCCUGACGGCGCCGUCCUCGGUUCACCAGUCCCCGGUGUCCUCGCUCCAGUCCACCCGCCACGACCCGCUGCCCGAGCCCGCCGAAGGCACCCGCUUGUCUGCAUACUGUCCUGACUACACCGUGAGGGCCCUCUCUGACCUGCAGCUCAUCAAGGUCACGCGGCUGCAGUACCUCAAUGCACUCCUGGCCACCCGAGCCCAGGCCGUGCCGCAGUCCCCUGAGAACGCGGACCUCCAGGCCGUCCCAGGCAGCCAGACCCGGCUCCUUGGUGACAAGACAGCCGCAGCCACAGGGUCCAGCCACAGCAGACCCGGCCUCCCGGCGGACGAGAGCCCUGGGCGGAACCCGGGAGUUUAA